AUGGGCGAAUGCACAAAAGAAAAUGCAUUCGAAUUGCUUGAAACAUUUUACAACCUAGGCGGCAACUUCAUUGAUACUGCAAACCAAUAUCAGGGAGGCCAAAGUGAAGAAUGGAUCGGCGAAUGGGCAGAGAGCACAGGCCGGCGUAAUGAGCUGAUCAUCUCCACCAAGUACACAUUGGGGUGGAAAACCGGCGAACCAGUGCAACACAGCAACUUCGGUGGUACGGGCACAAAAAGUAUGCAUGUCAGUCUCGAAGCUAGCUUGAAGAAGCUUCGAACAACCUACAUUGAUCUGUUUUAUGUCCACAGCUGGGACUUUGCAACUGGAAUUCCCGAACUUAUGCAGUCCCUCAAUAUAUUUAUACAACAAGGCAAGGUUCUUUACCUUGGGAUAAGCGACACACCUGCUUGGGUGGUUGCGAAAGCGAAUUGCUACGCACGUCAGCACGGAUUGCGUGGGUUCUCCAUCUAUCAGGGACGCUUCUCAGCUCAAGCACGCGACGUGGAACGCGACAUAUUGCCUAUGUGUAUUGAUGAGGGCAUGGCUUUCAAUGCAUGGGGUGUUAACGGCAAUGGAUAUUUCAGGGCUCCCGAUGCCGCCCCAGAGGAGCAAGACCGCGAGACUCCAUUCAUCUUGACAGGUCGGGAACAGGAAGUUUCACAAGCAUUACACAACGUGGCACAGCGUAAGAAUACUCACAUCUUCGCGAUUGCUAUAGCAUACGUGCUGCACAAGGCACCUUACGUGUUUCCUCUAGUUGGAGGCCGUGUAGUGGCUCAUCUGAAAUCUAACAUCGACGCUCUUAGCGUGGAGCUUAACGAGGAGGACAUGGAUGACAUCGAAAAAGCAUACGACUUUGACGCGGGUUUCCCCAAUACGUGGCUGAAUCCAGGCGGCAAGGUACCUUACGGGCCUGAAGAUAUUCGCUUUCUCAAGGAUUUAGGCUAUUUUGACUAUGUGCAAGUCCCAAAGGCUGCAAAGGUCCACAAACAACAGUUCAACUUCGCAAAGCUCUCGACGUAG